ACAGACCCACCUUUAUUCGCAUUAUCCCAUUGUUCAACACGAUCGCAGACCGUGGUUUCCCAUCGGCGUUCUGUUUUCGGGCAUCGGGCUGCAAUAGAACGAGUUCCCCCACACACCUGAUCCGCCGCCGUUCCCCCGUCCUCGUGCGGGCUGCCAGACGGAGAUGAACACUCACUACCAAGAGAUCUCACACGCGCUGAACCCCGUGGGCGCCACCUCCGCUGGAUAUCCCCCCAACAUGUACCACCGUCAGAUGAGCCCCAUCCGUCGGGACGAGGAAGAGGAGGAGGAUGAAAGCAUGGUCGAGGAUCAUCUGCAGCACAAAGAGAUCGAGCACCAUGCAUCCGGGCCGUCUUCCCCUCCCCCUGCGACGACAGCCGCACCUCAUCAGACGUACGCGCCGCCAGAAGCUACUCAGCCGGAGGUGCCCGUGAAGAGAAGACCAGGGCGUCCCCGCGGAUCCAAGACCAAGAAAAAGACGCAGCCCGCUGAGGGGAGCGCAUCUGCUCCUGCUCCGACGCCUGCGCCAGCACCAGCUCCGUUACCCGAAGUCAACGCGCAGAAUCAGCAGUACUACGAGUUUCAAUGGCGCGUCCUCAACCUCUGUGCCGAGUUCUACGGAGCCGCGGAAGAGUUGCUUAAAGCGACCCCUCCACUGGUCCUCGCGCAAUGUUACCAGAUGCCGCCCGCGAACCCUGUCGAUCCCAUGAACAUGGUGAGAGAGGCGAAGAGGAUCUGCGACAGUCUGCUUCAGAACCCGCAACGACUGCUCACGCAACCACCACCUCCAAUGUACCCUACCUUGCCGAUGUUCUACUCGCAGCAAUCGACAGGCACCCCUUCCGCCCCUACAGCUCCGCCUGCCGCGGUGAUCAACAACCCUCAGUCCUUCGUCGUGCCGAUGGGAAGUCAGCCGGCAACCUAUUCACAAUACACCGCGCUCCCCUCUGGGCCGUAUACAUACCCCUACAGCAUACCGCCCUUCUAUCCGCCUACGACGACACCAUCUGCGCCCGUCCCGCCGGCACCUCCAUCGCACUCCGCAGCGAGUACAGGCGCUAACCAGGGCGGUUGGUCGGAGGAAGAAGUACAAAAGUUGAAAAGGUUACACGAAGAGAGUAAAGCGCAUCAAUUUACGGAGGACCAGACAUGGGACUGGGUGAUACAGCAGUAUGGCCCGACGAGGACAAGACAUCAGAUCCUCAUCAAGGCCACGUCCCUUGGUCUGAAGGAGAGCUCGGGCAAAGGCCCGAAGAGACAGCGUCGGAACAGUGACGGCGAAUAUCAACCAGCGGGUCACUCUGAGACGACUGCGCCGCCUGCGUCUGCAGGGCCUUCGACCACAAUGCGAUCACCGACGAAUCAGUCGACACCUUCUGAUUCUCCUGCGGUCCAGCACCAGCCCCAGCCGACAGCACAACUGUCGCAAGCACCGCCGUCGCAGUCGCAGCAGCAGGGGCCCCAGCGACCUCUGCAGCCUCCACCGACAAGUACUCCGGUGUCCGCAACGUCUUCACGAGGGAUGCCCUGGCCAAUGCCAACUGUGGCGUCGACCACGACAUCGCCAAUUAUCUCGACUGCGGCUACACCGGACCCGCAGCGAACGUCAAUCAGCAGCAGCAGCUAUUAUCGUCCGCGCCCUCCGCAGUCGGAGUCUCCCAACACGUCCGCGCAGGUUGGCGCGUACUCGUACAACUACCGCAUGAACGGUACGCGGGAGAAUGGGCGAUGAGUUAUGUGCGUGUUUAAAUUAUCGUUGUUGCCGUAUCUUGUCCAUUAGGUGGUAGUCCGUUGCUUUGUGUAUUCUUGUUAUGCUCUGUAGACUUGGGG